AUGGAAGCCUCACGCCAACCCUCCUCCAUCCCACCAGCCAAUCCCCCAAGCGUGGAGAUCGCCUACAAACGCAAGUGCAUAGCACUAAAGAAACGCCUCGCAGAAGUCGAAGCCGAAAAUGAAAUCAUGCGCACCCGCAACCGUCGCGGCACCCAAUACAUCCAGAAAAUGCGUCUGGAAACCUGCAUGCUCCUCGAGCGUCUAACAAAAGUCACCGGCAUGGCCGACGAGGCGAAGACCGGCGCCGCAAACCCGGAACUACGUGCCCGCGCCGCAGCAAUGAUGAAUUCCGGCCAGGGUAGUGCUGGUGUACUUCUAGAAGAUGAUACCGAGGGUAGCUCUGAUGAGCAGCCACGCACACCCGAGGAACGUCCGCUACGCGUUAAGCGUUCCCGUAAGUCCAAUGCCACCGGCAUCGAUGGCCAGGAUGAUGAUCUCCCCGCUCAAGAUGGACAACCCGAAUCUGCGGAUCCGGCUGGUGCGGCCCUGCCCCGUCUCGCGCCGGCUCCCACACAGGAGUCUCUUACUCAUUCCUUCCGUGUGCAGACGGGUAGUGGUGGCUCUGCGGAUCAGACUCCUGCUGCUGCGGAGGCUGGUCCUGAAGCUGGUCCCGAAGCUGGUCCUGAAUCUGGGACUACGCCGAUGGAUGUGGAUAAGGAGGAGGUUAAGGAGGCUAAGGUUGAGCAGUCUUAG